AUGAUGGCAAAACUAACGCAACCUGACGAAAUACCGUUGAAUGAGGAAAGCAAGCUGAGUGCUCCCAUUCUCAAAUCAGCCCCUAACGCGACCUUACUGUACAGCUACAUUCCUGAUAACUGUGGAAAUAGGUUAAUCGGGAUGCGUGACGAGGGUGACUCCUCCGUUGCCGACGGAACAAAUUACAACGGGACCACAAUGUCUCUGUUCUGGAGGCCGCAAAAGCUUUCCAUUUUCAAGUAA